AUGGAUGUAAUCAGCACAACAGCAAGGAAGAAAAAGGAGCGCAUGAUUGAGCUGCUGGACAUGGAGGAGAAGCUGGUUGAAGCUCGGGAAGACCUCAAAAAGUUGAAGUUGAAAAGGGUCCGAGCUCGAACUGGUCGCGAGAAGCAGGACCUCCUAAGCUUACCUAAAUCUUUGGUCCUCUUGGAAACCCAAAUUCACAACACGGCGGCUGAACUGGGGGCAGAGGAGUUUUUGGAGCUAACAGGUCACACGGAUGAUCGAGCAAAGCCCUUACUGGCUCUCCAAGUAGCUAAGAGUAAGCUCUAUGAGGCCCGAGUGGGUGUCAUCGAGGCACGAAGGCGUGCUGAGCGCACUUCUGGAAGCACUAGCCAGGCACGAAUGAACGAAGUCAAGUCACACAAGAAUAAAGCAUUCAAAACAAAAUACAACUCUUAUCAUCGACGAGUCAAGGCUUACAACGACCAAUUUGCACCCAGACCUCUCUUGGAUGACCCCUCUCUGGCUGACGUAGAAAGGAUGGAAAUUACAGAUCUGUUCUGGUCGGGUGGAUCAACCCUUAGUCAUACGGGCGAGCCUUGGGCAAGUGACCUGCCAACGCGCGAAGGUAUCCAACUGUAUCUGACUCUACGCUCGUCACAAGAGGAACUGCGUCGGAUCGCGCGUGAGGUGCGACAGUUGACACAGUGGGCCGUAGAUUACCAGUCAAAGAUUGACUCAAUCGAUCGUGAAGCUGCUGAUGGCAUACAUGAAAGGCAAGCGAACACUGUCUCUUUACACUUCGGGCUAUCAAAGGACAUACGCAGACUUUGGUUUCAUUGGAACGCCGAUUUGAUUAGUUUGAUUAGGUCGACCUCAGUAUAUCUUACUAGCCCUACAAGAUUGGCACACGACCAAGUCCUUGUUAUUAAGUGGAAGUCUCUCAUGGAAGGGCAAUUUGGCCACUGGGAACAGGCUCUGGCAAGGAUUGAUGAGGAAGAGGAGGAGCGCGAUCUGAUUGGAGAAGAUGAAGCCGAGGUAGAGGAAGAUGACUUGUACACUUCUGAAAAUUUUGAAAUGGAAGAGGAAGAAUUCGAGAAUGUAUGUAUAAUUUAA